AUGACUGACAAUGGAAGUAAUUUUACUGGCAAUAAAGUUACCGAUUGGUUGAACUCCAUGAGUUAUCAUCAUGUUCUCACUCCACCCCGACAUCCACAAUCCAGUGGCGCAGCCGAAAACUUUGUGCGCACAUUGGAUAGUGCCAUUACUUCGGCGAUUAGCAAUACCGAUGAACUGGACAGAAGCGUUGAUAACGUUCUGAUGCCAUACCGAAACGCAGUACAUUCAACUACAGGGCACAGUCCAAAAAUCUAUUCAGGAGUCGAGUACUUGGAACAAAUCUUUCACACUUGGAGUUUGCAGAAGUCGUGUAUUAUCGUGAUAACGAUUUACGACCCUCCAGGGGCAUUGUACUGGACAAUAUGGGACAAAGAUUGUCUCAAAUUGGAUCUAGACGAUGACACUGUACAUCGCAGACAUCUAGACCAAGUAAUUUGUAAUUUGCCCAAUCCUAGUAUUACUUGUGAACCUACUAAUGCUGAGUCUAUUUUCAAUGAAAUAAAUUCUAAUACAAAUGUUGAAAGUAGUACAGAAGUACCCAGAAGAUCCGAACCAGUACUCAACAAAGCCCGCCGUGAUUAA